ACGGGCUGUCAGCUCUGCGGCGUCACGUUCAACAUCAACCGGCUCCGGACCCACAGCGAGCCCCGGAGCGCCGCCUGGGGCAAUUCGUACGUCAGCAGGCACAAGGGCCGGGACUGGGUCGCCGUGACGGGGGGCGACGCGGCGGAGUGCCCGGAUGGCGGGUGCGCGGCGGUGUAUCGGGGGAGGCCGCCUGGGGAGCUGCAGUUUUGCUUGAGG